AUGAAUCGAUUGGUGGCCAUCCUCGGUUUUUGCCUGCUCCUCAUAGCAGGACACUCGGCAGAGGAGCCACAGGAGACCCAGUCCCAGGAAUGGCUUGAUACCACCACCCCGCUGGUCGACGAGGGCUUCCCCAGCGGAUCACACGAACUCCCCGAGCUGCCCGAGCCAAUUGUCGAUGGUGAGCUGGUCGAAGCCCAAAAGAUCAAUUGGCUUCCAGUCUGGGAGGAACAGGAACACCCGAGGUUCGCCCGGGCAGUGGACGAGGUACCCUCCGUCCCGACCCUCACUGGUGGGUCAUCGACGCCCAAGGACACUGUGGAGGAUGUGCUGGUGCCCAAGGAUAACAAGGAUUGCCCCAACGACGCCGACCGCGGACUGACCAAUCUCAUUCGGGUGGCCCGUCCUCUUUUGCCCGCCGCUCGGCUGAGAAACAUCCUGGCCAACGCUGCAGAGGACUCCCAGGUUCGGGACCUGAUCAAAUUGCUUCGCAGCGACGGCCUGAAAGCUCAGGUGCAGCGGCUGAGGGCCACGAAACAGCACCAGGUGCUCCACGACUUCCUCUGCCGGCGGCUCAAGCUGGACCCCGCCUACUACGUGGACUUCGCGCGGCUCUUCCUCGACGUCCACGUCUCGGAGCCGCCAACCAGCAAGCUGCCCAACCGCCGCCCGGGCAUCCGAGGCCUGCUCCUGGACCUCCGCGACGCCGUGCCCCGCGCCACCCUGCGGGACAUGUACCUGCGGCUCUACUCCUCCGACUCGGAGCUCGCGGCCGCCGUGCGCCUCAUCCGCGGCUCCGAGUUCCGGCGGCUGCUGCGCGACCUCCGCUCCCUGAAGGAGUUCCGCACCCUGGCCGACGAGCUGGAGAAGGCUGGAGUGCCGCUGCGUCAGGUGCAGCAGCUGGUGACCAACGCCCUGGGCUGGAGCACCGUCGACUUGGGGGCCGAGACCCUCAUUUGGAGUGUUUAG